AAAGUUAAUUUUCCUCGUUCAAUGUGGGUUCGGAAAGUGGUUUUCACUGGUCGCGCCGUGGGUUUGUCGUCGUGUCAUCCAUAAAAGUUUUCAAUAAAUCGCGAGUGAUUUUCGGGAAAAAGGAAAAUUCGGGUGGAUUAUUGAGCUAAAUUGCGACUUGCGGGAAGAAUUUCGAUCGUGCGAGCUCUUGCAAGCCGGAACUCAUCCGUGGCCACCGAGAGUGCGUGGUCCUCCGCGUAAAUUACGUAGUGGGAGCGAUUAUCUUCCGCUAAAUAAACAUAAAAUAAAUUUGCUAGAUUUGACUUCGAUAACUUCUUGUGACAGUGAAAAGUUUUUUUUUCAAAACAAAAAGUGCAUUUGAGUGAAGUGCUUCGAAGAUCGAUUGUCUACAAGGUUUUUUUUUUUUUGGAAUAUCCAUCCGGCGAAGAUUAGCGCAGCGAAUCGAGAUAUCAUCUUUUAACUGAAAUUGACUAAAUCUGUUUGGAUUACCAAUACUAAAAUAUCGAUUCGCAAUCGCGACAUCCUCCCCGCCCCGUCAGCUACGUGACACGACACAACCCACGGGAUUGGCCAGGAAACCCGGCUUGGCGCCAGUGUCCACUUUCGGUUCCGGUCCCCACUUGUGAAAGGGACUAUCGCAGUAGGCGCGCGUGUGACAACUGCCAAACCCCCCAGUGUGAAGCGAGAAAAAAGCAGCCUGUCUGUGUGUCAAACUAAGACGAAGAAUAUUCGCGUUUGAGCCAGAACCAGUAUUGUUCCGGAUUCCGACCGGAUUAGUAGCGGGAGCAGCAGCAAAUUUGAAGUGUGCAAUCAAAAAAUCAAAAAAGACACGGAAAAUAGAGAAAAAAAAAUCCGUUGAAGUUUAGUGUGAACCGUUUCGUUUUUUUAGUUAUCUAGUUUUUCGUUUUAUCAAAUUGAAAUUGAAUAGUUUUACCCGAACCCCCCUCGGAAAAAAAAAACCGUUGUGACCGCGGGCACGUGCGCGGUGUGAUUGAGGUCCGGUAGCAUCGGACCGGUCCGGCAGAAGAGGCUCGCCGUCGACUGACAGGGUCGAGCAGGAAGGAGGAAAUUAGCGAAAACAGAAAACAGCGCCAAAUACCAGAAGAACCUUCCCACCCGGAAACCACCCCCGCAGUCACAAUAGAACACAUACACAGAAUGGAGCGCGAGUCGAAUCCAAUGCAGCCGAUGUGCAGAUCGGGUUGCGGCUUCUACGGCAAUCCCGCACAGGACGGUCUCUGCUCAGUGUGCUAUAAGGACUCGUUAAGAAAAAAGCAGCAACCCCCGGUCAGCAGCACACCUUCCGUCUCGGCGCCCCCGUCCGGUGGACCGCCGCCGCCCGCUUCCAGCACCAACAUCGGCACCGUCGUCACAUCGCAGAGCUUCGCCAACAUCAGCACCGCGAACGUCAUCAACUCCAGCAACAACAGCAGCAGCAGCAGCACAGCAUCCUCCGCCGUGGCCACCUCAAUCUCGUCGGCCGUUGCCGCGGCCGUCGCGUCCGUGACCAACACCGCACAACCCACGGUCCAGAGUGCCCUGUUCCAGAGUGCCGCCGACAAGCAGGAUGGUGCAAGUCUUGCAAGCACGACGGAGUCCGUUGACGAAGAGUCGGACGAAGCUAUUGAAGAGUUGGGGUGCGAUUGCGAGAGCGACCUGGAAGAAACGGAACAAGUUUUGGAAGCUAAAUCUAGUAGUAGCGCAAGUGGGGAAGCUCAGAUUGGCGAAGAAUUUCAAGCUGGAACUUCUCGCAAAAGAAAGAUCGACGACGAUUGUGGCGCCAGCUGCAGUGACGGUUCCAGCAAUAACUCCACGAUAGCCGACAGCGACGACAAGGACGGCGAUAAGGACGGCAAGAAGAAGAAGAACCGAUGCGUGACCUGCCGCAAAAAGGUUGGACUGACUGGCUUCGAGUGCCGAUGUGGAGGUCUGUUCUGCGCGAUACAUCGAUACAGUGAUAAGCACGAGUGCUCGUUCGACUAUCGGCAGCUCGGCGCGGCGGAAAUCAGACGUAAUAAUCCGGUCGUGGUUGGAGAAAAAAUUCAAAAAAUUUGAACACUCGUGCCAUCUAAUAUCUAUAAUAUACAUAUAUUAUUCAAUUUAAUCUUAAUGGAGUAUAUAUAAAUAAUAAUUUAGAAAGGCAGGAUCCGCGCGGGCAGUGUGAAGUAAGCGCAGUGCAGUUGAAAUAAAAAAAAACACUACUACUACUAUUACUACUACUAGAGAGAAAGAGAGAGAGAUACACACCGGCAAAAAGUGGAAGAAUGGACGAGCAGAGAAAAGAAAAACAGAAAAGCUGAACCCUUAUACAUAUUACUACAAGAAUAAACGAUUUAAAACCAACAAGAAAGAAAAAAAACACGCUAGACUUAAUGCUAGUAAGAAUGUUUCGUCAAAUUUAAUGUAUAAUUGAGAAUGCUUAACAUGGUAUGAAAUUUUGAGGGAAACACGAAAAAACAGGCAAAGCACACACGAUCACACACAUUCACAUCUCGAACAAAAAAAACCCCCCGCUGUACUACUAUUGAAAAAAAUGGUAACUUUUCCUCUUUCAAAACUUCCGUGUAAAAAUUUUCAUUCUAAAACCAAAUCUUGUCCCUCAACACUGUUUUGCACACACCUCUUUUUAUAAAAAAGGCAAAAAUCUGGUCACGUUGCGUGUGCGUUUCCGAGUGCGCGUGCAUCCGUGCGUGAUUGUGUCAAGCUUAGAUAACUGUAUCGGUAAAACAACAAGAGCUAGUUUCUAGGUAGAAUUUUGAGUGGAAAAAUGGUAAAGUUGAUUUGAAAGAGAGAGAGAAAAAAAAACCAGUCAUUUUGUGGAAUGUGAGUGCGUGAGCAACAACACUAAGUAAGCAACUAUUAGCGGAAAAAAUAAAAAAGGAAUGAAAGUAACGCAAAAGAAACGUAAGAAAUGGAUCUAGUAGACGACUCGUGCGCUAGGCAACAGUGCAGAAAAAAGUAUAUUUUAGUAACAAAAUAAUGAAAAAAAAAAUCGAGAAAAAAAACUGAAAGUGAAAGCCACCCAGAAAAGAACAAACACACGAGAGCCGUUAGUUUUUGGCGUGGAAAAGUUCACUUGUGUACAGAAUUAAAAACUGUGAACUGUGGAAAGAAACAGAAAUUAAUAAUGAGAAAUGAUAUUUUUUUCUUUGUGUUAGUUUUAUUUUUACUAAGUACUACAUGGAAUGGAGUUUUACAGAACUUUAAACGCAAAUAAGAAGAAAAAAAAAAGUAUAAAAAUAUGCAAUUUCUUGGUAGGACAGAGUUUGAAUGGUCUGUAAUGGCUGUAGAAAGACACAAACACGAUACACGCUAAUGUGGAAAAAAACAAAAAUGCAAUCAUUGCUGCGGCUCGUCUCGUGCCCUCCCACGUGUUCUGCUAGAAUAGCACGAGGGACGCGAGCGAGAGUGGCUUAAGCUUGUUCGGAUUAACCUUAUAAAAAAAAUAAAUGUAUAUGUUUCUCAAAACAAAACAAAAACACCACCUUUACUACUCGCUUCUAAUACUAGACGACAAGAACAAUCAACCCUACGUGACGGCGGCAGCAGCAGUCAAAUAUUACCGAUCAUUUGUAUAUUUUUAAUCUAUUGUGUAAAAUACACGUUUGAAGCAAAUUGUUUCUAACGUGUACACAAACACUUGUUGACAGAUUUGACAGAGCGUUGACAGAUUAACACUUACCUCGAACGAGUCCCGCUGCUUUCACUCUCACUAGUCACUCUCACUUUCACUUACUCACUUGCACUUCAAGCUGGAGUGCUCUCACCCGUUUUGGUACCUCGAAUCGUACGUCCGUGAUUGGGAAGUGCAGUAGAGCGCGCGUACGCGUGUUUCGCCCCCUUUUAAAGGAAAACAAAAAUGAGAUUUUAGUGCAAUUAUUUUAAGGGUUUCGCGUUUUUUUUUUUUUUUUGUUUUCCUUAUCACACGUCCGGUUUCGAAUUUCAAUGCGCUGCUGUUGCCAAGCUGAAGAUUUUGUUAUUCCCUAUUUUGGUUCGAAUCAACUCCUCUUUGUUAUUUUGUUAUUUGUCCGGGUGAAAAGACUCUCACUGUACAGAAAUACAUUCGUAAAUAGCACAUGUAUCUUUUUGCAGAGUCUGAAAAUUUUAGAAAAGGGGUUGGGCAAAAUUAAUGUUUAACCAUUCAGCGAUCCAAAUCAAUCUGAAACGUACAGAAAACAAGGUUAAUCGAUGUAAGCAAAAUGAGUAAAAAAAUCGUGACAAAAAAAAAAUCUUAGAAAGCUACGCGUGAUGUUUUGUUUUUCAAUAUGUUUACUCUUUUCAUUUUGUUCGUUCGCGUUCCUUGUUCUAGACGCCCCUUCCCCUCUCUUUUUUGUGGUAGUUGUUGGUGUCCCUUGAUCCGCCCACCCUUUAUACCCGCGUACCCUCUAAUGGUUCUGUUUUUAUUUUUGUUUGUAACUUAGUCAAGCGAUGUUUGUGACACUGUUUUCAACAUUUUUGUAUAGUUGCAAUUUGAUAACUGCUUUUUAGAAUGAACAUAAAACACGUACACACACAUAUAUUCACAUUUUUCUUAUUGAAAAGAGCAACUCUACAAGCACGCAUACUUUCACUAAUGGCGUGCGCGAACGGUAGCACCUUUCCAAGUAUGAAUUGAGCAAGCGAGACGAGUAAAAAUGUACUAAAAUGAAGCAAAAAAAAAUCGAACUUUUUCUCUUGUUUGAGUUUAGUUAGCUUUAAAUUUUCUGGAUGUGGAGUUUAUUCUUAUAAUUGAUAUAUCAUCACCGAAAGGAAUGACGCAGACAACCAAGCGAAAUGUAAUGAAUUCAAUUUAUAAUCUUAUUACGAAUUAACAAAAAAAAAAGUCGCAAAAGCAAAACACACAUACACAACCACACAAUUCUAUUAUGCUAUAUUUGCUAAACAAGACGUAAACAAUUAAUAUGUGUAUAAAAGAACAAACAAAAAGAAUGAAUAUCUAAACUGACAGAGGAAAUAAAAAUCACAAGAAUACCAGGAUAAUGAGAAUAAACAAACAAAAACCUAGAGACUUUAGUGCAGAGACAGAAAACAACAGCUGACAAAAAAUGUAGUAGACCUUGUCGCAUUCUACGACUGUCAAACGCGUUUCGCGUGGUGUCCGCUAAUAUUUGGGGGACACGGGUGCGGCUCACACGUUGUGUAACAUCCAUACAAUCCAUACGAAGCUUGAACAAAGAGCUAGCAACAGAGAAAAACUGAGCAUAUAUGUUUAAACAAAACGAAGCAAAACACAGACAUUGUACACAGACACAAACACUUACACGCAGUUGAGAAGAAAACAAGAAAAUGCAAAUGAAAUAAGAAAAAAAGAGAAAUAAAUCACACAACAACUUAUAGCUAUAAUUUCGUUCAAUUACACGAUUAUUGUUUUUAAAUCAAUUGAAUUAAUUCAAAUAAAAAAUAUACCCAUACAAUA